CACCUGCGUCACGGCACAUUGACUGCCCGGCCAACCACUGUCUAUAGUCUACUCGGCUCCUCCCGACAAGGGGAGGGGAGGGGAGCAUCCAUGGCCGUGGGCGGCCUUCUCCGGGUCCUCGUUUCGCCGGCGGGGGGUGUCGCCGCCUGGCUGCCCUGCCACGAGCUCUUCGCCUCCUGGCACCACUGGCUCCCCUCGCUCCCGCGCCUUCGCCCGCCCGCCUCCGACGGAUUCAAGCUUCUCCUCGUGCUGCUCCUCUUCUCCGCCGCCCUGGCCGAGGUCCGCUACAUCGCCUCCUCCUCCAUGGUGCCCACGCUCCGGCCAGGCGACCGAGCCGUCGCCGAGAAGGUUACAUACUUAUUCCGGAGGCCAUCUAUUGGGGAUAUAGUGUUCUUCAAAGUGCCGACUGCUGUGCAGAACUAUGGUGUCAAUAAGGAUGUUGUCUUUAUUAAGAGGGUAUUGGCAACACCUGGAGAUUUCAUUGAGGUUCGCAAGGGGCAGCUUAUUGUAAAUGGUGUUGCACAAAAGGAGCAUUACACAGCAACCCAUGCGUUGUACACAAUGGAAGCAAUGCGCCUUCCUGAAGGUCAUGUGUUCGUCAUGGGUGACAACCGGAAUAACAGCUGUGAUUCUCGUGCCUGGGGGCCUCUUCCCAUUGGCAACAUCGUUGGCAGGUACAUGACGUGCUUUACAAGAUCCUCUUUCCAGUAACUGAGGUGAAGAGAUACCACUCAUCAUAAUCGCCAAAUGUUCCUGACGGCUGAUGUUGCUUCAUAUCAACGUAGUUACCGAGUUGUGCUGAGCCUGGGGCCAGGUCCUUAUCUGUCAAUUUAGGAGGCCCAUAUCUGUCAACUUGUGCUGUGUGAGGACUUGCCCUCAAGUAUGCUGUAGCGUUGUUGUUGUAUGUGUAAUGUGUUGGCCUUUCUCCCAGCUUCUCCCAGCUGUGGAAGUCAAAGAGGUUACCUCUGCCGCUUGCUGUUGGCACGUGCCAUCAGGCUGUCGUGUGUUGAGCUUAUGAUUACCUGUUGAUUGGUAGAACCUGCAGAAUGUAUCUAAAACUUGCAAGAGGUUACCUUAGGUGAUGAAGCUUAUGGGCAUUGGUAAAUGUCAGAAUGCUUGAAUGCAAUUUGAACCAGAACUUUGGACA